CUCAACAGUCGCAUCAACUCCGGCCUGAAUGCGCUUUUGAAAUUUAUGGGACAAGCAGAUGCAUUCGAUGAAUAUAUUGUGUCUACUUUUAACACUAUUACAUUAGAUAAUGAACCACAUCCUCAGGUCUUGGUGACCCCAUACACAUCAGUUACAGCAUUUUUGAAUGCCACCACUUCAGCAGCCAUCAUGUAUCAAUACUCUCAAUCCAUCACGCAACCUUCAAUGGAUGCACUCUGGCAGACAAUUCAUAGCACCUCAUACGAUAAAUCCUCAAUUUUCCUCUUCACUGAUGCAUCUCCCACAGAUUCCACGACACAUUCGAAUAUCCCAAACAUUGUCCUCGCAGCUAUUGAACGUCAGCUACAAAUCAACGUAAUCAUUACGGCUCCAUAUCAAAUGAACAGCUUGUGUAUACCGUAUGCGAACGCUUCCGUCUACGCACAAAUUGCUUUGCAAACCGGCGGCACAAUUCUAAAUCUCUGCCAGACCUAUGAGAAUACAUAUCCUCGAGAUAUUAUUACGGAGCAAACUGACAAACCGCCACUGAAAAAUCUAAUUGGAUGCAAUUUUGAUUUUUGGUCUGGUCGUUUUUUUCCAUGGGAGGCAUUAAACGUAGGGUGUAAUUGGCCUCGUGCUGGAAUUGAGUAUAGUUGGCCCAGGUUAAUGUCAAGCUUUGCGGUGUUUCUCACUUUAAACAACUACAGUAUUUGCUGCUACCUAUAAAU